AGCUCCACAGCAGGGCAGCAUCCCCAGAGCGCAGCAGGGCGGGGUUAGGGGGAGCAGUCGGUAGCAGCACCUGCCCCUCGUACGCAGGAGUGAGAAGUGCCAGCCUCUCUGCACAGAGCAGCAGCGUUCAGCCUGGGCCAGACGUGCUGCGGUGAUGGAUGCCCGGUGCCCUCGUCUCCUGCUCCUCGCCGGCCUGCUGGCCCUGUCAGCCCCAAUUCUCACCCUGGAAAUACACAACCUGAACAUCUUAAAGGGACCCACCCAUGCAAUCCGGAACAUCCACCCAAAGCACCUGAAGGCAGAUCAGGGGAAAGGGAACCUGCGGCACAGCCGAGCCAGUGACCCGCAGUUACCAGAGGCCCACGUCUGGCCCAAGGACUGCAGCGAGAUAACCUGGAACAGGGUCAGUGGCGUCUUCGUCAUCCAGCCCACAGGAUUCCACCAGAUUGUCGUUUACUGUGACUUGAACAGCACCAGCGAGGGCUGCACGGUCCUCCAGCGGAACCGGCACGACACACAGAUCACCUGGGCUGAGUCCUGGAGCACCUACAAGUACGGCUUUGGCAACGUGCAGGAUGACUACUGGCUGGGGACGGAGUACAUCUAUCGGAUCGCCAAGCAGAAUGUCUACCAGGUCAGGUUUGUCAUCCACGAUUCAUCCGGCACCAUGAAAUACGCAGAUUACAACCUCUUUGGUCUGGAAGACGAGUCCAAAGGCUACAGGCUGAGGCUGGGCUCUUACACUGGGACUGCAGGGGACGCCAUGACUUCAAACAAUCCUACCACCGUGCAUGACAACAUGAAGUUCUCCACUAAAGACCUGGAUUAGGACACUUACGGUGGGAACUGUGCGUCUACCCUGUUUCCCCGAAAAUAAGACAUCCUCCGAAAAUAAGGCCUACUUACAGUUUUGCCUCUCGUUGUAAUAUAAGGCAUCCCCCCGAUAAUAAGACCUCCCCGAUAAUAAGGCAUCCACCGAUAAUAAGGCAUUUUUCAUUUCUGAAAAAUAAGACAUCCCCUGAAAAUAAGACCUAGCGCAUCUUUGGGAGCAAAAAUUAAUAUAAGACACUGUCUUAUUUUCGGGGAAACAGGUUAGCUAUGAGGGGGGCUGGUGGUACUCGGCUUGUCAUUCUGUUCGACUGAACGUCAAAGGGAGCAUCACUUGGGGUAGUUUCUGUAGUGGGAACUGCCAAGCCUCCGCCAUCCUCAUCAAACCAGCGUCCUACUGUUAGUCACCCCUUCCCCACCCUCCUGUCUGCAGUGAGGCCAACCCCUGCUCCACGAAGGGAGGGAAAAGGGUCAGCGUGUGUCAUGGCCAAACCUCACACCCAACUCGGAGGGGGAAGUAUCAUGUUUAUCCAAAAUGGGGCAACUUUCUCUUUUCUUUUCUUCCGUGCACUUUCCGAGCUAAUCUCUGCUGGGCACUUGUGCUUUGCGUUGACUUGACAUAGUGAUUUUCGUAAUCAGAAGAAUCAUUUGCAAAACCUGCAGUAUGCAGAUGUAGAAGCUCCGGGGAGAGUAAAUGCCUCGGAUCCGUAGUGACUUUUCAGUGUCUUUUGCUCUCAGACUCAUGGGCAGUUCCAGAGGUCACAGGGGUGGGGAAAUCCAGAAACACAGAAGGGUUUUUAUAAACACCCACUCUACUGCUCAUUAGCAGGGAUUAAAGCUUCACAUUAAAAAGGC